AGGCGCCUUUCAACAGCGUCAAACGGUGGCUUUUGGUACUCUCGAAACGUUGGAAAUAGUUUUUUGGGGAGUGUUUCACCGGUGGAAUCGACCAAUAACGCCAAGAUCGGAGUCAUCGCAGUGAUUGGGGACGAGACUGGGCGGUGUGCGGUCGAUCGAGCCGAGUGAACGAGGAUGGCAAGUGAAUUGUUUCGGUGCACGGAUGUCACUGAAGUGGUAUGGAGGAUAAAAUACCAAGUGCCAUCAUCAUUACAGUCCCCAAAAAACCGAUCUUGCAACUCCUGAAGGUCCCAUCAGUCUGGAGUUGUCCACAAACCCCGAAAAAAAAAACAUUCACUAUUUUUUUCUAUGUUUGAAGUGCGGGUGAAAGCGGAACUGCUCCUGGGACACCUACCAAUGGGUUCAGUUCAGACUUGUAGAAAAAAAUUAGCUGGACCGUAUGUCUCGGCUGAAUUCUUCUGAAUCUUCUACCUGCAGUUUAAAUGUGUGUGUACACUCAGCAGCUUUGACGGGAACUUCUGAAGGGAGAGAUUUGAUUCUCAGCUGUCCCGACGUCCUCCGCCAACUAAUACUACUUACUCAACUCGAUAAAUCACGAAUAACAAUUUCCAAAGAUGCUACACUGGCUCUGGUUAAUAUCUCGGGAGACGAGAGUGGAGCAAAGGCACUGUUACUCAUAUCUGAGACCUCGAAAAUGGGACCUAAUGAAAGUCCAACUGAUGACCUCAUUCACGUGUGCAUCAGCUUCAUUCUGGAUAGAGAGAGCUCACUUGCGGAUCCUUGUUGCAUGAUUCUCUCCAACAUAACGAGACCUGCCAGCCACGUGGAUCGAAUUGUUGCGCAGAUGGAAAAGGCGAACUACAGUUGGGAUAAAAUAGUCCAUGCAUUUGCAUUUGCGAAGAGUUAUAAUAAAAAAGGAGCGAGUCUACAUUACCUGGGACCUGUUCUAAGUAAUCUCAGCCAAUCUGAGACAGUCAGAAGACGAUUGAUGGAUAAGGAUAAUCCCAUCAUUCAGAAGCUCCUGCCUUUCACAGAAUACAAGGACAGCAUUGUGAGGCGGGGGGGAGUUGUGGGGACCAUAAAAAAUUGUUGCUUCGAUGAUGAGAAUCAUGUGUGGCUUCUGAGCGAAGAUAUCGAUCUAUUACCACAUUUAUUGUUGCCUCUGGCUGGUCCUGAGGAGUUCGAUGACGAAGACAAUGAGAAAUUACCCCUGGAUCUCCAGUUUCUGGCGGAAACCAAGACACGGGAGAGCGAUCCUGAUAUCAGAAUUAUGAUUUUAGAGGCUCUGUGUCAGUUAUGUGCGACCCGGGAGGCUCGUGAAAUUAUAAGAGGCAAGAAUGCUUAUGUGAUACUGAGGGAAUAUCAUAAGUGGGAGAAGGAUAAGGCUGCUCUUCUGGCCUGUGAAAAUGUCAUUGACAUUUUAAUCAGAACUGAAGACGAAAUAGGACUGGAGAAUUUGAAACUCGUAGAUGUACCUGAAGAUUACACUGAGAAAUUCAAAAAAAUGGAUGAAGAUUUCCUCAAAGCGGAUUGAUUUUUUUUAAUGAGGAUAAAUUUAAAAAAAUUAUACAUAUAACUCACUCGACAUUUUAUAUUCUAUAUUUUAUAAUUGCAAAUAUAAUAUACUCAAAGGCCAACAAAUAAUAGUUUUACAUAGUCAAUAUUGCACUGUCCCUUAACUAGAAAAUAAUCUCUUUGAGAUG